AUGUUCCAAGGAGAGAAGAUUUGGCGAAAGGUGAGCAUCAGUAAUCGCCAGUGCAUAACGCUCAGUCUCGUACCACAAGAAUUCGAUUUUUGCUAUGUGAGAGCCGAGAGGGAAGUCGAACUUCCUUGCACAAGAAAAACUCGUCCUGGCCGUGAUCGGUUCCUUACCAAACGGAAGGAUUCCGUGUCGAUGAAAGAGUGGCUCAACGAAGUGCUGUCGGCUGGUCGCUCAACAGGUGAAGACUGCGCUCCUUUAGUAUGUGAGCAGCCAGAGGACACCAACAAGGUCGAUUUGUUCCGUGAACCCGAAGAUAAAUGGAAAGUUAUGGAAAACAAUAUGUACGAGCAGCGUAGGAGCUCAGUUUCGCCUUUUGUGGAUACUCUAGACAAAUGUGGAGCCUCAUAUUCUGCACUCGAAGAUUUUUGCUGUAAGGAGAACGAUUUUUUGAGGAUUAGUGCCAGAACCAUCGCCUAUCUACCGCAGAAGGAUAACUGUGAGUACUUUGACAACUAUAUGGGUGGAAAAGAAAUCGACAAGUUCCAAAGUCGCUUCUACGUCUACGGUGGACUGCCUAAGCCCAGGCAAACAAACAGCACUGACUGGAACAGAGCGCCGAGGUUCCACAUGCCACUUAGUAGAUUAAGAGAUAUUCCCGAAGGAGCGGAAAUGACUCUCACAUGUGUAGUCAUCGGUUUCCCUGCUCCCGACAUUACAUGGCUUAAAAACGGCAAAAGGUUAACACGAGAAGAUAGCAAUAUGAGAUACGAUGACGGUGUUUGCACACUCACCAUUCCUGUCACAGCUGUCAGUAAUGCUGCUCCUCACGAGAAUGACUACACCGCUCCAAAAUUCAUUGAACCUCUCGCGAAUCAAUGUGUUUUUGAACACGACGAAAUCAUAUUGGAAUGCUAUGUUAUUGGCAAACCGAUUCCGUCAGUUAUUUGGUAUAAAGACGGCCUAAAGUUGAUGAUAGAGGAUCGAAUGCUUCAAUAUAUGGAUAGAAAAGGGUAUACGAAUUUAAAUAUCAUGAAAGCCGUACAAGGAGAUUCUGGAGGUUACAGUUGUGUCGCAUAUAAUGCCAUUGGAAAGGAUUUUACUCACUGCCGUGUACAAGUAGUAGAAUCUCUUUUUGGCUAUUUAUUUGCUCAUCAUUAUGAAAAGUUACCACCAGGAAGUCGUGAGCUUUUGGAACUAGAGGUGGAUGGAGAACCUGUACCUACAGUGGAGUGGUAUCAUGACGAUAAGUUGAUUGCUGAAAGUCGAACUCUACGCACCUAUUUUGAUGGAAGGGUAGCAAUCUUAAAAAUUUUUGAGGUGCAACCCGAUCAUCAAGGGUGUUAUCUCUGCAAGGUUGGGAAUAGAUUCGGCUCUGCGCAAUCAAGUGCCAUGCUGCUUGUCAAUCAGGAGGCUGUUGAGCACGUCUCGCAGAUGCCAGUCUUUUUGGACAAAAUCAAUGAUAUCACCAUUCGAGAACUUGGCGUGUCAGCUACGUUCAGCUGUUCAAUACACGGUGAUCCUCUUCCUAUGGUGUGUUGGUUGCACAAUGGUUCCGCCAUACAUAACCAUCCAUGCAUCCGAAGUUGUAUGACUGAGGGCGGUUCGGCCAAUCUAGAUAUCGACGUCACCACACACGAUCUCUGUGGGACCUAUACCGCCGUCGCGACGAAUCCUUUCGGAUGGGCUCACUCUUCGGCUGUUCUCAAACUGGAAUUGCACGACGAAAAGGUUUGA